AUGAUUGAACCGUUCCAGACCACCUUCGCGGUCCCCAUGACCUGUGAAGGCUGCGUGAAGGAUGUUUCGAACUCUCUCAAGAAGAUUGAAGGAAUCAACAAGGUCGAAGCGAACCUCAAGGACCAGCUGGUCUUCAUUGAGGGCACUGCGCCUCCGAGCUCGAUUGUCUCGGCGAUUCAGGAUACAGGUCGCGACGCGAUUCUACGGGGCAGCGGCACUUCCAACAGCUCGGCGGUGUGCAUACUGGAAACACAUUCCUCGACGGUUUCGAACAAGAUCCGUGGACUGGCGCGAAUGGUGCAGGUCUCGUCGAACAUGACGCUCGUGGAUCUGACCAUCAACGGGCUAGCCCCCGGCAAAUACUGGGCGACGGUACGGGAAACGGGCGAUAUCUCGCAGGGCGCAGCGUCGACUGGCGGACUGUGGGAGUCACUGAAGGCGACCGUGAUGGGAUCGGAGGCGCCCAAGGAGCCCCGCGGAGUGUUUGGAUCGGUGGAGGUCGGCAAGAACGGCAAGGGCAAUGUGUUCCUCGACCGACCGGUGGCCGUGUGGGAGAUGAUCGGACGCAGUAUGGUGGUGUCGAAGAACAAGGACGGCCCGUUCCAGAAGGAAGAUGCGGAUACGUUGGUGGGGGUGAUUGCGCGCAGUGCAGGCGUGUGGGAUAACGACAAGAUGGUCUGCUCAUGCUCGGGGAAGAAUGUGUGGCAGGAGCGUCAGGAGCAGGUCUCUCGGGGGAUGGCGUGA